AUGGCACAUUUGCGUAGGCUUAAGUUUCUUGAUUUAAGUUUAAACAGCUUCACAGGGGAAAUUCCUUCUUGGUUUGGGUUUUUACACCAACUUCAAGUUGUAAACCUUAGGAGUAACAGUUUUACUGGUUCCAUUCCUCCGUCACUCUCGAAUGCCUCAAGGUUGGAGAUUUUAGAAAUAUCUACCAAUUUACUUGAGGGAAACAUCCUGGAAGAGUUUGGCAAUCUUCACAACCUGAAAUCGUUGUCCAUAGAACAAAAUCAGCUUACAGGUUCUAUACCAUUCACAAUAUUCAAUAUUUCUAGAAUUGAAGUCAUUAGAUUUUCAGAUAAUAGCCUAUCAGGAGAUCUUCCCAAUGGUUUAUGCAAUGAUCUCCCAAUACUCAAAGAGCUUUAUCUAUCCGGAAACAAGCUUGAUGGUCAUAUGCCUACAAGCUUGUCAAAUUGUUCACGACUUCAAAUAUUGUCUCUAUCCCAAAAUGAUUUUGAUGGACCAAUACAUAAUGAAAUUGGAAGAUUGAGUAACUUGCAGACAUUAGAAAUCGGAUACAACCAUUUCACAGGUAUAAUUCCACAAGAAAUCGGAAAUCUUUGUUAA